GCCAAACUGGACCUGACCUACUGGUUGAGCAGAAGUCUACUUUAGCCCGUUGUCUCUAGAGCGUACGCAUGCUUAGGAUAGCACAACAGUCAGCCAUCAAACUACUCAGUCUAAAAUAGGAAAGAUAGUGCAUAUCGUUAACUAUAGUGUUCAAUGAAAAUGACCCUCAAGACUCCCGCGGGAUUUGUGGAUUUAUUGAAGUCCAGGCGACAUAUGCUUUCAGCUUUCCUUAACUAGCUGUCCUAACGAUAACAGUCAGGACAUAGGGAAACUAAGCACAGUAGUUACUGGAAUCCAAAACCAAGGAAAGCACUUUCCCUAUGAUCUCAGAGAGAACUACGAUGCGGGCAUGAUGGAUGGAAGUACAUACGUGAUCUCUAUCGAUGCGAGGUACGGUGUAUGUUCCCGUUAUUUGCCCGACACAUAUUCAAAUGUCGCCACUGUAGGCCCCAAACUUGCAGCUGGUGCAGAAGGAAUAAGAUCCUGGUCUCUCUUCUCACGGAUUGCGAGGUCCAAAUCGAUAAGAAAUGCAGACCGGGAAUGGCUGUUAUUUUCAUUCAUCAUAAGGUUUCGGUAGAUAUAUCAACUUGUAAAAUCCCUGUUUUGAUAUACAGGUCAUGGUGGCCUUGUAAGCAACCGAGCAAGACAUCUAACAUUACAACAAGAGAGCUAGCUUUGUAGAGCAGCUUGCCAUAGUCUUGGAUAAUCACACAGCAAUGCACCUGACUUUAAAUAUCAGGCGUUCCACUAUUUUUACUUAGGGAAUCAGCGGGUGUCUUGUGCAGUGAAUACUUCGCGCACAUAUUUGCCUAAUCACGC